GUAAAAGGCGAGUGCGGGACGACCAGAGAUGAGAAGACAGUACAAACAUGGCCAAUCAUCGCAGGCUAUAGAAACCGGGGUCAUAAGCUCCCCAGCUGCCAUCUCACUGUGAUCGGACGAUAUAGGAAACACGAUACUUAGUUGAAUAAUCGCGCCACUCCUCAACAACGAAAUAAGCUUGUCGCAGCGUGGGUCUCAUUAUCAUCCCGCUUUGGAACGUGCACCACGAAGCUAUCAUGGGAGGAUCCAGCCAGUAGAGAAUGCGAUAUUCGCGCGAUGGAGUUGCUCAGAAAAACGGCGCUAUCUAUAUACGAUGAAUACGAGAACUUCGACGCGAGUAGCGCGACCGAGCUCAGGAUUGCUAGGAUCAGAGCAAACGGUGAAGACUUGCGUGCGGCAACUUAUGAGAUAGAAGAUGCAUACGAAGCGAAUGUCGUGAAUCGCAUCUCCUUGUUAUCCUCGCUCGGGGAUUCGGAGUACAGCGAAAGCGUAACUGCAUCGUUGCUGCUCGUCAGUAUGUGGACAAGCAGCAACGGCAGCGCGUCCGAAGGAAUCGGUAUAUCGAAACCCGUCUUCCUAAGCUUGAUAGACGCGCUGGGCAUAGACAGAAGCGUGCUCCAGCCCAUCGUGAACAAUGUUUUCGGCUUUCUUGAGUUCAGUGAGACGGUCCCAACUAGCUUGGGGAAGAACACGAGCACGUAUUUCGUCGCCAACGCGCAGAUGGAGCUUAUCUGGUCGUUCAACUUCGUGACAUCAGAGACCAAAGCAAUCCUGAUAAACCGUCGCGGGCUCCCCCAUCUCCAAUGUCAGCAUCGUCGCGCUUCUGUUGAUUUCCUAGCUUCGCUGCGCCAAAUCCGCGCAAACAUAUUCAACCCUUACACACUCUUGUUUAUCUUCCUCGUGCGUAUGACCACGCAGGAGCGCAAGUUAGGUACCAAGACAUGGAGCGAUGCGAGACCGCCCGAUCAUACCGCCAUGCUCGAACAGAUAAACAGUGCUAUUUCAAGCGCGACACUCGGGAACCUAACCGUAGCAGCGCGGUACAUCGAGAAAUUGACAGCAUCACUAUCAAGCGAAGAGCGAAAAAUGGACAUAAUCGACACUUUACUCGACGCAUUAUCAGAUCAAACCUCAUGGGAACCCCGUUUCGAGUCCACGCCAACCGCAAAACGGCGCCUAGACCUCUGCGAGAAAGACAUGCACGUCUUCUCCGCAGUCAUACGGUCUUUAAGGCAACAAAGCACAGCUUCCAGGUCCGCAACCAAGUACACCACCACACGAGCGCAAAGCCAAUCGCACCUCAUCCUCGCGCUCCGCGCGCACGAAGAAUCGCGCCUGAACCGGGAGAUGGCCUCGACGCACCGGGACCUCGCCGAGUCCGCGAAGCGCGACACGGCGUCGAUGAAGACGAUCGCCGUGAUGACGAUGGCGUUUCUCCCGGGGACGUUUUUCGCGGCGCUGUUCUCGGUGCCGUCGCUGCGGUGGGACCGCGAGUUCGUCGUCACGGAGCGGUUCUGGGUGUACUGGGUUUUCACGCUGCCGGUGACGGCGUUCGUGUUUCUGAUUUGGCUGGUGCUGAGCUAUGAUGAUGGGUUCAGAACGGUUGUGGAGGAGUAUCAGCGGAGGAAGAGGGCGGAGAUGAUUACGGAUUGAAUGCGGGAUUUGGGGGGAGUAACUGUUGGUUGAGGGCUGGGGUGGUUAUCGUGAGCUACUGAAGCGCACUGGAUGCAUACAUUCUUCAGUCGAACGAGACCGCAUACAUAUACUUGAGAGUAUUAACAUAAGGCAGCAAAAUAGUUUUAGAACUAAUGC